AUGGAGAUAGUGUUCAUGCCCACACCAGCCAUCGGCCACCUCGUCUCGCAUGUUGAGUUUGCAAAGCGGUUGCUUGAUCAAGAUGAUCGUUUCUCAGUCACUGUCCUAGUCAUAAACCCAGUUUUCGCCCCUGAGAUCCGAACAUACGCUGAAUCACUUGCUGCCUCUGAUGGUCGUCUACGAUUCAUCGAUCUCUCACAAAUACAGUUUGCUCUGCCAAGCCUUCCCCAAACCCCAAAACUGCUCGAUAAACUACGCUAUAUCGAGAGUCAUAAGUUGCACGUCAAACAGUCUUUAAUCAAUCAGGUUUUACUUGAUUCAGUAUCUUUUGCAGGGUUAGUUGUUGAUACGUUUACAACUCCCAUGAUUGAUGUGGCCAAUGAACUUGGGCUCCCUUCCUAUCUUUUGAACACUUCUAGUGCAGCCUCUCUUGCAUUCAUGUUACACCUGGUUAGUCGCCAUGAUCAAGCUGCUGUUGCUCAGGACUUUCAAGCCCCCGAUACUGAGUCGGUUAUUCCAGGUUAUAUGAAUCCGGUUCCAAUUAAAGUUUUAAAUUCAUUACUGUUUGACAAGAAUUGGUACAAUUACUUCUUAAAUCUUGUGAGAAGAUUCAAGGAGACCAAAGCCAUGAUUACUAAUUCUUUUGCGGAGUUGGAAUGUCACGCUGUUAAGUCUCUGUUAGAGUUAGAAAAUAAUAUACGAUUUUACAUGGUGGGUCCGCUCCUUGACCUUCAUGGUCGGAGUAGUUCGCUCUGCGAUAAAGCCCAACGUAACGAGGUCAUGAAAUGGCUUGACAAUCAGCCACCAUCAACGGUGGUUUUCCUUUGUUUUGGAAGCUUAGUGCCCAUGGAUGAAGCACAAGCCAGGGAGAUUGCACAGGGGCUUGAGCGAUGCGGGCAUCGAUUCUUGUGGUCAGUACGAAUACAAAUGCCAAUGAAUGACGAGUCAGAAAAGCCUAAUAAUGGCACCAAUCUCAAGGAAAUUUUGCCCCAAGGGUUCUCGGAGCGGACCAAAGGAAGAGGAUUGGUUUGCAGUUGGGCUCCACAAAUUGAGGUUCUUGCCCACAAAUCCAUCGGAGGCUUUGUAUCACACUGUGGAUGGAACUCAAUUCUGGAGAGCUUAUGGUAUGGGGUGCCCAUUCUGACUUGGCCAAUGUACGCAGAACAACAAAGGAACGCAUUUCAGAUGGUGAAAGAUUUGGGAUUAGCGGUGGAGAUGAGAUUGGACUAUAAGCUUGGCGAAAGUGAUUUAGUGAUGGCAGAUGAAAUAGAGAAAGCUAUAAAAUGUUUGAUGGGGGCUGAUAGCAGUGCCAGUGAGGUGCGGAUCAAGGUGAAAAAGAUGAGUCAAGUGAGUAAGGAAGCUGUAAUGGAUAGUAAUGGCUCUUCUUUCACUUCGUUUGCCCGCUUGAUUGAGUUUAUGAUAGAUAAUGCUUAUAACAAACCUUGA